CAUCUAACUCCAAAAUAAGAAGAGAUUAGGAGAGGAGAGAAAUGGAGGCAAAGCUAGUGGUAAAGCAUGUAUUGCUAGCAAAGUUCAAAGAUGAUGUCUCACUUGAGAAGAUUGAGGAGCUCAUUCAAGGCUAUGCUAACCUCGUCAAUUACAUUGAACCCAUGAAGGCCUUCCAGUGGGGCAAGGACGUGAGCAUCGAGAACCUACAUCAGGGUUUCACCCAUAUCUUUGAGUCCACGUUUGCGAGCACUGAAGGAAUUGCAGAGUAUAUUUCACACCCAAAGCAUGUUGAAUUUGCAAAUCUCUUCCUUGAUCACUUGGACAAGGUCCUUAUUAUUGACUACAAACCCAAUUGUUAGCUGUUGAAUGUUAUGUUGAUGACAAUCUUAUUUGGUUUGGGCUCGGGUUGAGAUGUGAGCAUUAAAAUGUUAAAUGUUUUAGGUUUAACUCUUAUAUUAAUUUAAGAGUUAGUUUUCUCUUUUGGUUGUCAAUUUAAUUUAUUUAUACUAUUUAUUAUGUUGGUUUUAUCACUUAGAUAUUUAAACGCAUUUCUUGUAGUAGUGACA